AAACGAGAAGCAAAGCUCUUCCACUGAAAAACCAGUCAAAGAGCCAAAGAAUAAAAAGAGUAAAAAGAUGGUGGCGUUUGGUUCGUUACCUUCCUACAUACCUGUCAAACGUCCCAGUUUUGCAUCUCCGGCACUGAAACGAACCGAAGCUGUGAGAGAGGAAGACAGCGGCUCCCUGGAGACGGGAAAAAGCCAGAUUCCACCACAGGAAAAUGACUCUCAGUAUAACAGUGACGACAUAAACAGCCAGGACCUGUUCAUCACUCAGAAGAGGUUCAGAGCAUCGCCUUCUGGAACUUCCAGCAGUGAAGCCAGCGACAGAGUUAUUUCUGAAUCCCCUCAUGUGUUCUCGCAGCGAGACAAGAAGCAGCCCCCCGCUGCGGGAGAGAUAAAAAGACGCAACGAGACAUCAGAUAGAGGUAGAGACAGGGGAAUAAAAACAGAGAAGAUGGGAGAAAUUGGUGAGUUUCUAAAACCCUCAGGAGAAAUAUCCUUCCUGACAAACCAAGCAGAAACAAAAGUGUCUCAACAUGAAAGGCCCCAACCGGGUGAUCCUUUCUUGGAUGACCCUUUGGUUAUAAACCCCACCCCGGGUGCUGUUUUAUUCCAAGAUGGCUCCUCAUACCGUCCAUACGUUCGGGAGCCAACCAUGACCCCUGGUUUCGCAAGCACUUCCACUCAGACGGAAAACUUCUUCACCACAGAAAUCUCCUCCUACCUCGGCUUCUGCCGGAAAAACAGAGCAGCUUUGCAAUCCCCGGAAUGGAAGCCUUUGGAUCUGAGCUUGCCACAUAGAGCGAGGAACAGCCUCUGUUUGUCAGGAGAAACACUCGAUCCCGACAUAAAGCUAGAAGAAGAAAAAGGCCACAAGCAGGAGUCAUCAUUCCAAAAGGGAGAAAUAAGCUGUAACAGAAAGGAAAGCACGUCUGCCUCUCCAAAAACCAGACAUGCAGAGAGGAAGAUGGAAAGUCUGUGUCCUGGUGAAGAAACUCCAAGUCCUCAGUCAGAGGUGGAAUCCAGGUCGGCCAACACCACCUCCAGUGAGGACGACCAGCACUGCCGCGCUGGGAAGCGAGACGCGAACCAGGUGGGGGCGGUCCAGCUGAGGCUGAACAAACCCUUCUUCUUUAAGGCAAAAGGAGAGGGACAGUCCCCGCGUCCGGAGUCGCCGCUGAUGAAACUCGCUCUGGGCCAAGAGGAUAAAGCCAAGAAGUGCCGUUCAGGGAGAAGAUGAAUGUAUUCCAACUUCAAUGUCUCAUUUUUGAGUUUUGACACAUAAGAAAGUAACUCUGAGGAGCUACAGUUGUCUAAAGAUGUUGAUUGUUGAGCGUCUGCUAUAGAUUUGCUGUU